CGAGAUUAUAACGGUCUGAUCCUCACAGAGAGAAACACCAGAGUCCAGCUCGUGAACUUGUUUUCUGCCCCAAAAUGAACAGAGUUAUUCUCCAGCUUGUUGCAGUCGGAUUCUGCUUUGCACUCGGUCAAGCUCUGCAGUGCUACGAGUGCAAAAUUGGCUUUUGGAACCUGUGCUUAACCACUAAAACCACAUGUGACGAAGGGAAACACUGCUUCAGUGGGGUUGGAAAAGCAGCCAAGGUCGUGGACAUCAAGACCAAAGGUUGCCUAGCAGUAGCUGAGUGCAACCAGACCAAAGAAGUGACUUUCCCCUCCGGCAGCAACAACAGCAUCGUGUACUCUUUGUACAAGACGUGCUGCAACCAAGACCUCUGCAACAAUGCACCCGGUGUGCCUGGCACAACCGUGCUGCCGCUGGCCCUUGCCUCCGUCACCGCUCUGUUUGUGGCCAAUGCCCUGGCUUGAUGGAUGACACAGCACACAAAAUACACACUACACACACUACACACACACACCAGCAUUACAUAAGGAUUAAAUUAAAUGGUCUCCGCAAACAUGAGCUCUGUAACAUUGGAGCUUGUUUUUAUUUCCACAUGGGUCUUGUGUUUACUGUCUUUCAGGUGUAUUGUACUUAAAAAACUACACACACACACACACACACACACACACACACACACCAUAUAUGUUUAUAAAUUGUCCCUAAAUUGUCUCUUUUUUUUAU